CUCCUCCCCCCCCCUCCGUCCUCCCUCCUCCCCCUCCCGUCGGCCGGCCACAUUCCCCGCUACCUUUCACCCCUGAGAAACCCCGAUCUGAGGCGCUGCAGCAGACAAACUCCGGGACAACAUGGCGUCAGGUGUGACAGUGAACGAUGAGGUCAUCAGGGUGUUCAACGACAUGAAGGUGAGGAAGUCUUCAACCCAGGACGAGGUGAAGAAGAGGAAGAAGGCGGUGCUGUUCUGUCUGAGCGAGGACAGGAAGAAGAUCAUCGUGGAGGAGGGGAAGCAGAUCCUGGUGGGGGACAUCGGGGAGACGGUGGAUGACCCCUACGCCUGCUUCGUUAAGCUCCUCCCCCUUAACGACUGCAGAUAUGGCCUGUACGACGCCACCUACGAGACCAAGGAGUCCAAGAAGGAGGACCUCGUCUUCAUCUUCUGGGCUCCAGAGAACGCUCCACUGAAGAGCAAGAUGAUCUACGCCAGUUCAAAAGAUGCCAUCAAAAAGAAGUUUACAGGUAUCAAACACGAGUGGCAGGUGAACGGGCUGGACGACAUCCAGGACCGCACCACGCUGGCCGAGAAGCUGGGCGGGAACGUUGUGGUGUCUCUGGAGGGCAAGCCGCUGUGAUGUCAUCGCGGCGAGCCGAGCGGAGCCAAGCCAACCGCCGUGCCAUCCGGACCGAAGCACCUGACCCCACGCCGCUUCACUCAGCAGCUUGCUCUGUCUGUAUCCAUGUCCUGAAGGAGUUAGCGUCUUUAGGCCUCUUUGUUUUCUUUUUGUUCUUUUUGCUUUUUUCCAACAUGAAGGAGAUCUCAUUAACAUAAUGAUAUGCAAACCCCUCCCAGUUUGUUGCCACAUGACUUCUGUUCACCUGGCAGAAAAAAAAUGACACACUACCAAACCCCAGGACGGUUGUCUCUCUCACAGCCAGAGUUUUGCCAAAAAGUCGAUGUGAAGGAAGCAGCCACACGUGUUGGAGGCGAGCGCCACGGAGCUCCGCCUCCUGCAGCACACGGGUCAUGAAGCUUUUUACAUAUGACUUUAUUUAUUAUUGUUAACUGUUGUUUCUUCUUCGGCAUGUUCACACCAGGCAGACUUAUUGUUAGACUAUGCAUUGAGAGGAGGAGAAGAAGAAGAAGAUUUUAACCCAGCACUUUCUGUUGAAACACUACAGCUUAAAUUCUGACGUCACCGAGCUUGUAACGUUUGUUUACCUCAGUCUCACUCCUGUCGGACUCGCCGUCAUUCUAGCUGUUUGGUCGUCGCCUUACUUUCAGUUUGAAUGUAACCGUCACACCACUUAGUUAGAGUGCACUUUUAUUUUGUAAAGAAACACUACAGGAAGCAGAUUUGACCCCAGCCGUGAGAGACGACCCCACAAAAACAUCAAGAACACGACGACAUCUGGAGCCUUAAAGUGGAACGUUGUUUCUGAGAUCACAGGAAGCCACUUUGCAAUAAAAGCCUGUGGCAGAUCUGA